CGCUGUCCAGGCUCCGAGGAAGGCGGGGUCCCCGCGGCGCCGGGGGGCUCGGGCUCCGGACGGCUGCCGCAGCUACGGUGGCGACCUCCUCAGUGGCCGCGGGAGACGCCUGGGGUGGUCCGGACUGCCCCGGACGCGAGCGCACCGGGGAAGCCGGACCGAGGCCGACGCAGCCCCCGCCGUCACCUGGGGCGUGGAGCCCCGCAGCGCGGGGUUCCGGAGGCCGCCCGGGGCAGUCAGGGGCGCUCGGGCCUCGGCCGCGCGGCGGGCAGAAGGCCGCCCCCGGGGGUCACGGGCGGGUUCGCGCCUCUCUGCACGCCGCUCGGAGCUCCCGGGAGGAGGAGGAGGACGCCGAGGACCCCGACGCCGACUACUACGAGAACCUCCCCGGCAGCUCUCCGCCCGAGCCCUCACCCGAGGGGGCGGAGGCGCUGGAGCGGCCCCCGCCUCUCCCCGCGGCGGGCUCCUCCCCGGGGGCGGAGGGCGGCCGCCUGGAGACGGGCAGGCUGCGGACCCAGUUGCGAGAGGCCUAUUAUCUGCUGAUCCAGGCCAUGCACGACCUGCCCCCUGACUCCAGCGUGCGGCGGGGUGGUGGGGGCUUGGCCGAGCACGGCUGCCCGGCGGGAGUCUGGGCUUCGGGCCAGCCGUCUCACCCCGGCGGCGCUGCGGACCGCCAAGCCUGCCCUGGAGACUGGGAGUGGGGAGGCGGCGACCGCCCGAGGCGGCAGGUGUCCCCGCCCCGUUCCCCUCGGAGGGAGUCGGAGGCAGGCCGUCUGGGGACUUCUCGGAUGCGUCUGCAGUGCAGUCGAAGCCUCGACAGCCUCCGAGUGGAUGCCAAGCCGCCUCCCUUCCAGCGGUGGCCGAGCGACAGCUGGAUCAGGUGUGGCGCGCGCCAGGACUGGGACGAACCCCCGCCACGUGGAGGCGGGAUGGACCGCUGGCGCGGGGGCAGCGCCCGGGCUGUGGCGCCCGCUGGCCUUCUGCCUCCGGGCUCCAAGGGCCGCGGCCGCUCCUCGGGAUCCCCUUUUGGGGAUCCAGCGGGGUCCUCUGUCUUACGCUGCGGCAAAGGUGACCGCCAGGAGGGGCCCCUCAAGCCUCCUGCAGUGACAGUCAAGAAACUGCAGAAGUGGAUGUACAAAGGCCGCCUGCUGUCCCUAGGAAUGAAGGGUAGUGGCCGUGGGACAUCCCCCAAAGUCACCGGAGCGCAGGCUUCCUCCCCACAUCUGGGCGCUCUGAAAGUACAUGAAAACCGAGUCCUCUCUGUGCCACCAGACCAGAGAAUUACGUUCACAGAUUUAUUUGAAAAUGUCUAUGAGUCUUCAAUGAAGAGACGAGAACUUAAAGAUCUGAAGGAUAAUAUUGAAUUCAGUGGUCAAAAGCCACUGAACAGCAUCACUGUCUCGAAGAAACGCAAUUGGUUAUAUCAGAGCACUCUGAGAUCUCUUAAUCUCGAAGGCGAAAAUAAGAAAUGCCAAGACAGAAGUCAGUUAUCCAUCUCACCCGUGUCCCUACCUAAACAUCAGCUAUCGCAACCUUUCUUCAGCUCCUCUGAAGAAUACUGCACAUAUAUGAUGUGUAAUGCUACGAACUCUUCAUUAUCAAGAAACUGUUCUUUAGACUUUAACGAGGAAAAUGAUGCAGAUGAUGAAGGAGAAAUAUGGUACAACCCCAUUCCUGAGGAUGAUGACCUUGGUAUAGCAAGUGCCUUGCGUUUUGGUGAGGCAGACUCUGCUGUUCUGAAGCUUCCUGUUGACAGUUUGAGCACAUUAUCUGGUAGUGACCUGACGAAAGCAGAACAGCAUGCUGAGGACCUGCUGUGCUCUUCCGAACAUGGGAGUGAUAUUCAAGCCAUGCCGUCAAGUGAAGUGAAUCCUGUAGACUCCAUCCAUGCUGAAUUUGUGCAGCAGUACAAGCAAAGGCUAGGACGUAAGACACAAGAAUGUAUGAUGGUGGAGGACAGUCCUGUGUUGAAAUCUCCUUUUGCAGGUCCUGGGAUCCUGGCUGCUACAAAUAGGACUGAAUUGGGAGUUACGGAACCAUCUUCUCCAACCCCUAGCCCUGUGAAAAAAGGCAAUUCAAUUAAUUGGUCUUUGCCAGAUAAAAUAAAAUCUCCACGAACUGUGAGGAAACUUUCCAUGAAAAUGAAAAAGUUGCCAGAAUUUAGCCGAAAGCUGAGUGCUAAGGGAACCCUGAAUUAUAUAAACAGUCCAGAUAAUACUCUGUCCUUAUCUAAAUGUAACUGUCCAGAAAUUCAUCACACUGUUAUUCUCCCUUCUGGGAACACAGCCACAGCUGCUAAGAGGAAUGUUAUAAGCCGGUACCAUCUUGACACCAGUGUAUCUUCUCAGCACAGCUACCAGAAGAAAACCUCUGUGAGUUCGAAGUAUUCCUGUAAAGGUGGUUACCUCAGUGAUGGAGACUCACCGGAACUUAUAACUAAAUCUAGCAAACAUGGAUCCGAAAACAAAUUUGGAAAAGGAAAAGAAAUAAUUUCUAAUAGUUGUAGCAAGAAUGAAAUAGACAUCGAUGCUUUUAGACAUUACAGCUUUUCUGAUCAACCCAAGUGUUCACAGUACAUAUCUGGGCUCAUGAGUGUGCAUUUCUAUGGUGCUGAGGAUUUGAAACCACCCCGGAUAGAUUCAAAAGAUGUCUUCUGUGCAAUUCAGGUAGAUUCAGUAAACAAAGCAAGAACAGCUUUGCUCACAUGUCGGACAACAUUCUUAGACAUGGAUCACACUUUCAACAUAGAAAUUGAAAAUGCACAACAUUUGAAACUAGUAGUAUUCAGUUGGGAACCCACACCGAGAAAAAAUAGAGUUUGUUGUCAUGGAACUGUUGUUCUUCCCACCUUAUUCAGAGUAACAAAGACGCAUCAAUUGGCUGUCAAACUUGAGCCCAGAGGUCUUAUUUAUGUGAAAGUGACUCUUAUGGAGCAGUGGGAGAAUUCUCUUAAUGGGCUAGAUAUAAACUGUGAACCAGUAAUGUUUGGAGUUGAUAUUCGAAAAGUUGUAGAGAAAGAAAAUGUAGGAUUGACGGUGCCACUCCUGAUACAGAAAUGUAUUACGGAAAUUGAAAAGAGAGGCUGUCAGGUAUUAUUUCACUAUGUUUCUCUACUACCUCCUCUGUUGUCCCCAACUGCCUCUGAUUUGUUUACUAAAGGUGUUCUUAAGGAUUAUUUAAGAGAACUUCCUUCUCCUCUGAUAACAAAGCAGCUUUAUGAGGCUGUGUUAGAUGCAAUGGCAAAAAGUCCUUUGAAGAUGUCAUCCAGUGGUUGUGAGAAUGACCCCAGUGACUCUAAGUUUGCUGUUGACCUGCUAGAUUGUCUGCCAGAGAUUGAGAAGGUAAGCAUGAUUGGCCAGAAUUUGGCUGUGUGCUUUGGACCAGUAUUAUUAAGUCAGAGGCAAGAAACUUCAACCCAUAACAACAGAGUCUUUACUGAUUCAGAAGAACUUGCAAGUGCUUUGGAUUUUAAAAAGCAUAUUGAAGUUCUUCAUUAUUUACUCCAGCUCUGGCCAGUGCAGCGUUUAACUGGCAAAGAAUCAACAGACAAUUUGUUCCCAGAACAGAAAUCUUCUCUGAAUUAUUUAAGGAGGAAGAAAGAACGACCUUACAUGUUAGAUUUGAGUGGUUCUGAUUCAUCAGGAGUUCUUAGACCAAGACAAACCAGAUUAGACAGUCCACUUAGCAAUCGUUAUGCAGGAGAUUGGAGCAGCUGUGGAGAAAACUACUUUUUAAGUACAAGAGAAAACUUAAAUGAUGUGGACUAUGAUGAUGUCCCUUCAGAAGACAGAGAAAAUGGAGAAAACUAUAGCAAAGUGAGUGGACCAGAAAUAAUGAUUAAACAGCCACUUCCCAUGUCCAGAGAAUGCACAUUUCAAACGUAUUUGACAAUGCAGACUAUUGAAUCUACAAUGGAUAGAAAAGUCAAUCUCAAAGAUCUACAAGAAAGUAUUGAUACUUUGAUUGGCAAUCUGGAACGUGAGCUCAACAAAAAUAAGCUUAAUAUGAGUAUUUGAGAUUGAAGGUUUUUAUUUGAUCUUUUAGAAUGCCUUAAAGUUUCAAAUCUGCCUUUCUCACUUUCUUUUCUUAUACCUUCCACAGUGAUGUGUUUUUAUUUU